AUGUUUCCGCUUGGCUCCUCGACAGUGCAAAUCUCAUUUCUCGGCAGCUGGUUAUGGCAUCUUCCACCUCGACUCGGUGGCAGUGCAGUCCUGGACCAUGCUGCUAUGUCGGUAGCAUGGGCAUAUUUCGCAAAACUCUACGGGGAUCCCAUCGCAUUGCGGAAUGCAGAGAUCUCGUAUCUAUGCGCCGUGAGAAGUCUGGCUACAGCUAUUGAUGAUGCCAAAGAGCAAGUUAGUUCGAAUGUGCUCUGCGCGACUGUCCUCCUUGGGCACUUUGAGACCUUUGUCAAUGUUGGUUAUGCGUGGAUAAGGCAUGCUGGCGGUGCUGCUCGACUUAUGCAGCUUCGGGGUUCUCAGCGGUGUUACGAGUCUGCGUUCGAGUACUCAAUGUUUCUUGCAUGUCGCGGAGCAAUUAUUUCUGAAGCUUUGACCUCUGGGAAGCCUUGCAUUUUGGAGUCAGAAGGCUGGCAGAAUAUCCCAGAUGGCCUGAUCGAGUUUCCUCUGUUGCCAGCAUCACCCGAUAUGUACCAUCGGAUCUUCGGCUACUUUGCUCUUAUCCCAGGGCUGCAGAGUCGGAUGAGUCUUUGUGACAGGGCUAUCUCUGAUGAAAGACGAAACGCUCUCCUGUCAACGGCGCGACAGCUUCGGCGAGACAUGAGGCAGUGGUAUCAUGAGUAUAUAUCUCAAGAUAACAAAUUGAGAGAACCUCGCGGUGUAUCCCCAGUAUCAGAGGGCUACCCGUUCCAUUCACGUUACGAAUAUCACGAUGUCAUGUCAGCCACUAUUAUUGUUGCAUAUUAUGCAUAUAUGAUCGUUCUCAAUCAAUCAAUCGCUCUCUUGGAUACUUGCGAUAGAGAUGACUCGGAGAACCAAGGCCUCGCGACCGUAAUCUGUAUGUCUGUGGAUUACUGCCUGCACGCCGGAUACUGCGGCACACAAACCAUGAGAUUUGCCUUACCCAUUGCUCACUCGGCAUUACCUCGCCACUAUCAUCAAUGGACCAAGAAAUGGAUGGAAAAGUUCAACGCAAUAAUGGAGGCCACAAUGAUUCAGCCAUUGUACUCUUGA